AUGGCUUCAGUCUACAAAUCGUUAUCGAAGGCCAGUGGUCGGAAAGAUGAGGUUACAGGUCCUGCGAAUGGAGUGAAGAAGAACAAGCAGAGGGUGUUGAUUUUGUCGUCGAGGGGAAUUACGUAUAGACAUCGCCAUCUCCUCAACGACCUAGCUUCUCUCCUACCCCACGGCCGCAAAGACGCAAAACUCGACACAAAAUCAAAGCUGUACCAAUUGAACGAGCUGGCAGAAUUAUACAAUUGCAACAAUGUGUUUUUUUUCGAGGCUCGGAAAGGGAAGGAUUUGUAUCUUUGGAUGAGCAAGGCACCUAAUGGACCUACCGUAAAGAUGCACAUGCAGAACUUACACACAAUGGAAGAGCUACAUUUCACUGGCAACUGCCUCAAAGGCUCCCGCCCCAUCCUCUCCUUCGACUCCACCUUCGACAGCGAACCCCACCUCCGCGUCCUGAAAGAACUCUUCCUCCACAUCUUCGGCGUCCCCAAAGGCGCCCGCAAAGCCAAGCCCUUCAUCGACCACGUAAUGGGCUUCACGCUCGCCGAUGGCAAGAUCUGGAUCCGGAACUACCAGAUCAGCGAGACGGAGGCCUCGAAGAUCGUGACAUCUGAUCCUACAGCGGAAGGGACGCCGAAGCUGAAGGAGAAGAAUGUGAAGGGAAAGGAGACGGAGAUUAGUCUUGUGGAGAUUGGACCAAGAUUUGUGUUGACGCCGAUUGUGAUACAGGAGGGCAGUUUUGGAGGUCCGAUUAUCUAUGAGAAUAAGGAGUUUGUGAGCCCGAACCAGGUUAGAAGUGAGAUUCGACAGAAGAAGGCGGGACGGUAUAAUGCGAGGGCUGAGCAGGGUGUGGAGAGGUUGGCGAAGAAGGGAGAGUUGGGUCUUAGGACUAGCGGAGGCAGGAAGCAGAAGCCAGAUGAGCUUGAUACGAAGGAGCUGUUUGCUUAG